ACAAAGCAAAAACUCCGAAAAGAAAGAAACCAAACCAAACUCAAAACAAUGAGUCAACUUUAUUCCACGCAGCUUUACUCAAACCUCACUCAACCUCUUCUCUCUGCACAAAUUCUCUCUCUCUCUCUGUGUAUAUUUUCUUAAAGAAUUGUAGAGGGAGAGAGGACUGUCAUUCUUUACUGUCAUCAGUCAUCACUCUCUGCAAGUGUUCUUGGAAUUACAUUGAAAAUUGAAGAGAUUGACUAAUUAAAAAUCAAAGACUUUGGAAAACAGCUUCUGGGUUUUUCUGGGUUCUUGAUUUUGUGAAUUGUGUGAGGGUGAGUGUUGGAUUAAUUAAAGAUGUUUGGGUGUGAGUGUUUGUGCUGGGAAAGUGAGUCAGAGUUUUAUUUUUCUCAGCCUCAGCCUUUCUCUCUGCCUGCAAACCUCCCAGAAUGGCCACAAGGCCAAGGUUUUGCUACUGGAAGAAUAUGCUUAGGUGAAUUAGAAGUUCUCAAAGUCUCCAAGUUUGAGAGCAUUUGGAGCUGCAAUCUGAUGCAUGGAAAAACUAAUAAAGGUCUCACAUUCUACAAACCUGCGGGGAUCCCAGAUGGCUUUUUCUGCCUUGGUCACUACUGCCAGCCCAAUGACCAGCCAUUGAGAGGGUAUGUUCUUGUAGCUCGUAAUGCUACUUCUUCUCCUGAGGAGGAAGUUGGUUAUGCCUAUGAACCGGUAUUAGACAUGCCAGCCCUAAAAAAGCCUCUUAACUACACACUUAUCUGGAGUACAGAUACAGAACAUAUUGGUUGUGGUUACUUCUGGCUGCCAAACCCACCAUUGGGUUAUAAAGCCAUGGGAGUUGUGGUUACUGACAAGCCAGAAGAGCCUAAACUUGAAGAAGUUAGAUGUGUCCGAGUGGAUCUUACAGAAAGUUGUGAAAUGGGUGAUCUUAUACUUGCCACAGAUUCAAAAUUUUCAAAGUACCCAUUUCAGGUUUGGAACACAAGACCCUGCAAAAGGGGGAUGUUGGCCAGAGGUGUUUCUGUUGGGACAUUCUACUGCAGCACCUACUUAGAUUCUGAAGAAGAGCUAGAAAUCUCAUGCUUGAAGAAUCUUGAUUCCACACUACAUGCUAUGCCAAAUCUAAACCAGAUUGAAGCACUCAUUAAGCACUAUGGACCGACUGUUUUCUUCCAUCCUGACGAGGUUUAUUUGCCUUCAUCAGUGCAAUGGUUUUUCAAGAAUGGGGCACUUUUAUACCAAGAUGGCAAUGUAAAGGGUGAAUCCAUUGAUUACAGGGGCUCAAACUUGCCUAGUGGUGGGAAAAACGAUGGUGCAUUUUGGAUAGAUUUGCCGAACAAAGAUGAUGUGAGAGAUCAUCUCAAGAACGGAAACUUAGAGAGUGCAGAGCUCUAUGUUCAUGUCAAACCAGCAAUGGGAGGAACAUUUACCGAUAUUGUGAUGUGGGUUUUUUGCCCCUUUAAUGGACCUGCCACCAUUAAAGUUGGGUUAAUGAGUAUUGCCAUGAGCAAGAUAGGGCAACAUGUUGGUGACUGGGAGCAUUUCACCCUCCGUGUGAGCAACUUCACCGGAGAACUUUGGAGUGUAUUCUUCUCACAACAUAGUGGUGGUGAAUGGGUGGAUGCUUUUAACCUGGAGUUCAUUGAAGGGAAUAAGUCAAUUGUAUAUUCAUCAAAAUGUGGUCAUGCUAGCUACCCGCAUCCUGGGACAUACCUUCAGGGGUCAUCGAAGCUGGGAAUAGGAGUGAGAAACGAUGCUGCUCGAAGCAAAUUUAUUGUUGAUUCGAGCACCAGGUAUCAGAUUAUUGCAGCUGAGUAUCUUGAUGAUGAAAUCAUGAAGGAACCAUGUUGGUUGCAGUAUAUGAGAGAGUGGGGUCCAACCAUUGUGUACGAUUCGCGAGCAGAACUAGAGAAGUUAAUUGACCUUCUUCCACUGUUUGUUAGAUUUUCAGUGGAGAACAUUAUUUUUGAGUUGUUUCCAACAGAGCUUUAUGGUGAAGAAGGGCCAACUGGCCCAAAGGAGAAGGAUAAUUGGAAAGGAGAUGAAAUAUGCUAGCUCUGCCAUACAUAAUUCAUAUAUACCUUUUCGUUCCCUGCUUCAGUGAGUAGCCAUGUUCUGGGAGGCAUCAGACACUCACUGCAGUCACCAGCUUAUAGCCAAAUCAGUGACACAAGAAGGUAGUUGAGGAAUUGAGGUGUGGUUGUGGCGACUGUAUAUUCUGGUAUUGCAUUGCCUAUUGUAUGGGACUCACCAGCAGUUGUGAAUCAAUGUAUCAUGCAUGGUUAUGCCCACUUUAUAAAUAUUACAUGUCAUUUUUGUUGGUGCAUCAAUUCAUGAAGUUUGUGUAUA